AUGGGACCCGCAGCGCAACAAUUUUACGUCCCCGAUCUGCUAUCUAUCCUCAACCUUCAGAGCAACACCAACCCACACGAGGAUGUUGUACGCGCAGAAACAGAAAAAUGGGUAUACCUCUACGGGAUCUUCACCGACGUUGCAUGGGACAAAUUUCUUGAAUCAGACGUUCCACGUUUCGCUUCGCGAACAUUUUUCUACGCCGAUCGCCAGAAGUUGAGGGAUUGUUCCGACUUCUGUCUUUUGAUGUUCGCACUGGACGAUAUAACGGAUGACGAAGACAAGAAGAAAGGGACGCUUACAAGCCAGGCAUCGAUUCACGCUAUGCAGAGUAAUGGCCCGGCGCUCUCCUCUUCGCCUGCCGAAAGGAUGAUCAAAGACUAUCGAGCUCGGUUCUUCAAAGCGACCGGACCAAUCCUUCAGAGGAGGCUUUUGAAGGGCUGGGAGGCGACUUUCAAAGCCUUCCCUAAGGAGUUAGAAGUUCGUGAAUCAAAAGAAGUAUUGUCGAUCGAAGAGUAUACCUUGAUUCGUCGGGACAGCUGUGCUCUGCGCAUGGCAUUCACCCACAUCGAGUACGCACUCGGGAUCGAGCUUCCCGACGGGGUAUACGAAAAUCCAGUUUUUAACGAGUUGUACUUGGCAGCGUUAGACAUGGCUUGGUUGUUGAACGACGUGUACUCCUACGGCAAGGAACAUGCUAAAGGACAGGCGACAUGGAAUUAUCUUACCGUCGUUAUGCACGAGAAGUCCGGCAAUCUUCAAACUGCAGCAGAUUACAGCGGCGUCAAAUUCCGCGAACUUUACGAUCGCUUCAUAGACGCAAAGUCACGUUUGCCAUCAUGGGGGAAGCCACUGGAUUCCGAUGUUGCGGCAUUUUUAGAGGGAGUUGGUAUUUGGCUGGCCGGAACUUUACGAUGGUGCUUUGAGAUGCCAAGAUAUUUUGGCCCUCAUUAUGAGGACAUUAGCUUUACAUACCUUGUUGACCUUGGGGUUUUUGACGCAUGACGGCGCCGUUAAUGUCAUUAUGAGACGAACGCAUUCCUCACAGCGUAUGAGUUGUCUAUAAACGUAUGUAUCUGGGUU